UAUGAUCUUAUUCUUCAUAGAUUUCCUCUGUACAAGCAUGGAAUAGUACAAAACCACUUGUUAAUAUAAUUUCCGAAUUACAUAACGUGACUUACAAAAGCUACAAUCAGGAAUUAUUUUUUAUGAAUGGAGCUUAAGAUUCGUGACAGUCUCCGCCUCCCACCGACUGUCACCGGGAAACUCGACGCUGUUUACAGUUUUGACACAAGAAAAAUAGUUGAAACAGUAUUCAUGAACUAUUUAAAAGGGUUUAGUUAAUUAAAAGGUUCAUUUGAACAAAGUAAUUGAAUUGUCAAACUCAUCUGAAAAAUGAGUUCUCCGGUAUCCAUAAGUAACGCUGGUCCCACAACUAGUGCUACAGGAAUGGAAACAGUAGUAGCUGUUGCACUUGGUGCACUUGCUGCUGUUUUCCUUGGUGCACUCUUAGUAUUACUUGUUAUAUGCAAAAGACAAAGAUGUUACUAUAAUCAAAAAGACUCUCCAGAUCUAAGCUCAGACUUGCUAGAGGGAGAAAAUUUCUCUGGUUUAGGCUUAGAUGUUUGGGAAAGCGAAGAAUGGUUAGCUGGUGCAGAGAGAUGGGUUGAUGAUGCUACUGGUUUAGCUCCACUAUGUAUUGCUGUAUUAAGAUCGUGCCAUGCUUUGGCUUCCAGUCUCACUGCUAUUGCAGGCACAGUAAACAGUAAAACUGUCCCAUUGGAGAUAGUAGAUGUUGCCAGACGUAUUCCACCUCGAGUUGACGAUGUGGUUAGAAGUUUGUAUCCACCAUUAGAUGCAAGAUUAUUGGAAGCCAGAGUAGCAGCAUUGGUACUGGCUGUUACACACCUGGCAUUGGUGACUAAGCAUGGAGUGUCCAAGAGUCAUGCUAGGAAAUUAGCAUUUAUUGAUCAAGCUUUGAGUGAUAUGGAUUCCCACUUAUCAAUCUUAAGGAAUGCUGCACUGGCACAGGAGGUGGCUUGUUCUGUUCCAGCUUCAACACCUGUUUGACCUUCAGUUUAUCUCCUGAUCCAGAAAAAUCUUCACCAGUAUUUACAGUUUCUAUGUUUCUCGUGGUUUUGGGUCCUUAUACUAGGCUUUAUUAGGCUCUACGUGAAAUUGAAGGUAUACACAGCAUUACAAAAUGUUUCAUAUUAUGUAUUUCUUUUCCUUUUUUUAUUAUGUCAAGGUCCAAAACCCAAUAGUGCAACUUCGAGUUUUCUAUCGACAAUAUUCAGUGUAUUACAUUUCAUGUAAUCAUAGUUGUUACAAAAAUGCAUACAUUACUUCCAUGGCGUAUUAAAAAAUAUUGUAAGAUAUAUAAUAUAUAUAGAUUUAAACAUUUUUCACGACGAAAGAACCAGAGAUAUACUACGUCUUGUGAUAUGGAUAUCCGCGAGACUUUAGUCUUCCAUGAUGUUAAUACUAGAUCAAAGUAUUUAUGUAUAAUGUCAGAUGAAAAGUUCUAUUCGAGAGAAAUCGUGUCGUUU